CUCUCGCUCUCUCGCUCGCUGCACUCCGCUCAGCUCUGCUGCAGUGGAUGGGGCUGGCAGCUCGCUCGCUCGCUGACAACCUGCCUCAGCGGAGGAGAACCCGGCGUCUUUCGCUGUUGUUGUUUUUUUUCGCACAACAACAUCACUUCCAUCCUCUUGGCUCCCAGGGGUGCGUUUACGUCGCCACUGACCCCUCCUCUCUUCACACACACUGACACGCACACACUUGCUCACACUCGGCUUACUCCUUCCCUGCGUCCUCGCUGUCAGAACAUCUGGAUACACGAAAAGCAACAGAAAACGGAAGGAGGAGAAGAAGAAGGGACAAAGUGUGAGGACAGUGCAUCAAGGAAGUCUUUUUACUUCUUUUUUUUAUCCAGCCCAUGCUUUGCUCCUUCUCACAUGUAACGGUGUGAUCCUCUGGGUUCCCUGCGAACCCACCGUCUCCUGCUCCUCCUCCUCCUCCUCCUCCUCCUCCUCCUCCUCCGUCUCCUCUUCCUCGUCCUCCUCUUCCUCCACCUCCUCCUCCUCCCUCCGAGACAGACAGUCGACCCACCGCUCUCUCUCCUCCCAUGCCGUCCUUGCUCAGGCUCCGUGUCAGACCAGCAGUAUUCAUGGUCGCCCUCGCAGUACUUCGAUGAGGACACCUACUCCACUCCUCCCAGGAACAUGAAGGGACUCUCCGGAGGCCGCCCCGCCCAGCUGCAGCUCACCUCCCCCACGUCGGCCCACACGUGCGGCCUGGCCGACUGCGAGCACUCCCUGGACCACCACCUCCACCAUGGGGAGUCCCGCUCGCCCUCCUACCUCCUCAGCCCCACGGAGAGCUGCCCCCUGGACGGCCACCACCGCUGCUCCCCGCGGAGCUCCAUCCACUCCGAGUGCAUGGCGAUGCCCUCCUCCAUGUCCAACACCGACCACUCCCUCUCCAGCAGCACCUUCCCCCGCAUGCACUACGGCGGCGGCACGCGGGACGCCGGCGGCGCCAGCAGGGAGUGCCGGGACGAGAUGGGCGGCGGCGGCGGUGGUGGUUGUGGAGGUGGAGGCGGCGGAGGCGGCGGCGGCGGCGGCGGGCUGUCCUCGCACGGCGGCAGCGGCAAAUCCAACCGCAUCCCGGCCAACCUGCUGGACCAGUUCGAGAAGCAGAUGCCCGUGCACCGCGGCGACGGCUUCCACACGCUGCAGUACCAGCGCACCACCACCACCACCACCACCACCGCCACCGAGCCGCGCAACGAGAGCCCCGGACGCAUCCGCCACCUGGUGCACUCGGUGCAGCGGCUCUUCACCAAGUCCCACUCGCUGGAGGGCUCGUCCAAGAUGAACGGCACCAAGGGCGACUCCCAGCGGGGCGAGGGCUCCAACCACCACCACCACCACCAGCACCAGCACGGCCACCACAAACACAGCAAGCGCAGCAAGAGCAAAGAGCGCAAGGCCGGCGACGGCGGCGGCGGCGGCGGCGGGGGUGGGGGCGGGGGCAGCAGCAAGCAGCGCUCGGGCGGCUGGUGGAGCUCGGACGACAACCUGGACAGCGACAGCACGUACCGGACGCCCAGCGUCAUGUCCCGCCACCCCCUGGAGCACAUGGGCCACUGCUACCCCCUGGACACCAUGCAGGCCCACCUGGCCGGGGACCACCUGUCCCUCAAGACGUCCAAGAGCAACAACGACGUCAAGUGCUCGGCGUGCGACAGCGUGGCCAUGGCGCCCGAGGGGAAGUUCAUGAAGCGGAGCUCCUGGUCCACGCUGACCGUCAGCCAGGCCAAGGAGGCCUACAGGAAGUCGAGUCUCAACCUGGAGAAGCCCAUGACGCCGACGGACCUCAAGCCCAACAUCAGGCCCUGUCACUUCCUGCAGGUGCCCCAGGACGAGUGGGGUGGCUACCCGGGCGGGGGUAAGGACGAUGAGAUCCCCUGCCGGCGGAUGCGGAGCAGCAGCUACGUCAAGGCCAUGGGGGACGAGGAGAGCGGCGAUUCGGACUCCAGCCCCAAGACCUCGCCCCAGAAGGCGGUCAAGAACUCCCUCAGGCCCCGGGAGCUGCUGGACUCCCAGAGCUCGUACCGCGUGGAUAAAAUGAACAGCGACAUGCGUAACUACAUCACCAAUUUCGCUGCAGACUUAAGUCAGAGCUACCACUUGCAGGCCAGAGACAUGCAUCCGGGCCUUGUCCUGGAUCCUUCUACCAACUACAACUCCCCUAAAUUUCGCUCCAGGAACCAAAGCUAUAUGCGCGCCGUUAGCACACUGAGCCAAGCUAGCUGUGUUAGCCAGGUGAGCCAGGUGAGCGAGACAGAGAUCAACGGUCAGUUCGAGUCGGUGUGCGAGUCGGUGUUCAGCGAGGUGGAGUCGCAGGCCAUGGAGGCCCUGGACCUGCCGGGCUGCUUCCGCACCAGGAGCCACAGUUACCUGCGGGCCAUUCAGGCGGGCUACUCCCAGGAUGACGACUGCAUCCCCUCAAUGGGCUCCUCCACUGUCACCUCCACCAUCAGGUCCACCACAGACAGAAAUUAUGUGCAGGAAGACUCUUGUUUACCUGAACGCGCCAGUGCACAUGAGGAUUUGGCCGACACAGUCCCUUUGGCUCAUGAUGAUCUAGGCUGUCCCAUUAGAAGAGACAGGCUCUACCAACCAGAACAUAUGCGGGCUGAAGUGAAACCUGUUUCCGGACCACCCGUUUCUCCAAUCUACUUUAGAUCCCCCAGAUCUAGCAUCCCAGAGCGGCCAUCACCAAAAGCCAUCCAGGCCAGUAUCAAAGAGUCGGCCACCCUGGCAGCAGCCAUCAGCAUGCAGUGGAAGGAGGAGGUCUCGGCCAUGCGCAGGGAACUAGCUGACCUCAGGAGGGACCUCUGCUCAGAGCUUCGUGCUUUCAAUAGCAACUUCAAUACUUUUACCCAGCAUUACAACACGUGGUCUCCCCAAGGUGGCGUGGUGGCAACUGCAGCUGGGGCAACUGGGGCAACUGCAAGUGGAGGGGUAGCAGGGGGAGCAGGAGAAGGGCUCAGAGCCUCAGGGGCAGAGAGAGGUGCUACUGGUGGAUUACGAGAGAAGAAAGUGUCCAAAGUGUCUGUUGGGACCCAGGCCAGGAGUAAGGUCCUAGUCAGGCAAAGCACUGCUGAUGCUGCGGUCAAUUGUCCAGAAGAGCACGAUGAACAAAAGAAGGAUACGGGAUCUCGCAGACACCUGCCAAAACAGCUCUCUAUGGAUCCAAGCAUUCUUGCCUCUCCACAGUCAAUGUUUGUAGAAAGUGCCAUACCUCUUUCUUUAGAUUCAAUACUUCCAGUCUGUGUGAAACCAAGCCAACGCUUGUCUUCGGUAGACCUGUCUCCUACGCCCUCGUCGGAGCUGCAAAGCGCGAGUGCCUCAGGUGCAGUCCCCAUUGAAGUGGUCAAUACUAAUGUCCAACAACCUGGUACAACAGGGUCAGCCAUUAAAAAACAGGAGGGGGAGCCAAAAGCAGUUCAACAAGACCCCGCUAUAGCUCCGGAGAUAACCUGUAUAGACAAAUUGAAGGAGGACUAUUCAGAGGCCAGAAAGCCGGAGCUGGUCAAAGUGAUAACAUCAUCUGAUAAGAAAGAAAUAACAGCCCUACCAUAUCCAGUCCCCAUAGUUACUGUUUCACCUCCAGAUGACCCACCACAAGAUGAAUCUACUCCAGAGUAUGCUUUUAUUCCUGAUUCAGAACCAGUUCUUCAAGACAAGGUUGCUGAAUGUUCCAGAGCAUACCCUGAAGACCCAAUAGAAACAACCUCAAAACCUCUGGACUCAACUGUGGGAUCUUUCUCUAUAAAUAUUGAUCAAGGAACUGUCUUCCCUUAUACAUCUCCACCUGAUUAUACAACUGCUACUGGAAUUAUUGUAGAGUCUGAGCAACAAUGCCCAACUAUUGUGGUAUCUGAAUACCCUGACCUUCCAACAAGCCCAACGGAUAGUGAUCCAAACACUGAUACCUUAACCCCCCUUUCGGAUCAUGCUUUUGAGCCCCUUCCAGGACCACCGGCCUCAGACUCAAGUUGUUCUUCCAUAACGGGGCAUGAUCGAUAUGACACGGCCAACUCUGCUGAACCUGAUUCUCAGGAACCAGAGUGGCCACCUCUUCCAGGUCCAACUGACACUGCACCUAUUUAUCAUGCUGAUCUUGUGCACUUUGACAUGGUGAUGUUGACCUCCUUUGACCAAGAUGACCUCGAUUCAGUGUUUAUGGAUCCUGAACCGGAUCCACUGGAUCUCAGUGUUGACUCAUCAUUUGAAACAGUGGAUUUUAACCCACCCCUCUUCCAAACAAUGUCCAGCCCAUGCCCGUCACAAUUUAAUGUGGAUCCAGAUGUGCCCUGCCUUCUUGAUUCUUCAGAAUUAUCUGAUUCGGCAUGUUGGGAUCCAACCAUGGAGGGUAGCUUGACUCCCAGGAUGCAGGCUGUUAUGGACCGCCACAAAGAUCCACUGCCACAGGUCAUUGUCACAAUCUCCCCCCCUAGUCCAGUCUUUCCUGAACCAGAGGAAUCAAUGGAUCUUGACUCUGGACCCAUUCACCCAGCCUCUCUUACAGACUCUGAUUCUCACCCGCUCGACUCAGAUCCGAUGCUGUCGGAUCCAGAAGACAUACAAGUACCAUCAAUAGACCUGCCAGCCGUUUUGCCAGCCGAUCCAAUAGAAACGCCACUAAGCAUGGAUCUAUCGGAGGACUUUGAGGCAGAAGAAGCCCCUAGCAGUCCAGAAAGGUCUUCAUGUGAGCAGGACUUCCUGUGGUACCGGUGGCAGAAGAGGGGCCGGGAGCCCACAGCGAUGCAUCGAAGCGCUAGCGUGGAACUAUGGAGUGGGAGAUACGAGUACAACAGUGCAGAAAUCACCUACAUGUCGCUAUCACUCUAAAAGCAAAGCCCAUUCUCAGCAGACAAAAUGUAGCAAUUAUAUUAAAACACUAUGUUUCGUAGCUACUGGAGCACAAUAGCUAUUGUGCUAUAGCACAAUAUAUAUAGCUAUAGCUCAAAAACAUGCUAUAGCUCUUCAUGCACAACACUACAAUAGUCUCAUCACAGGAUACAUUAAUGCCUGAAUUACAGUUCAUAUACAUUACAAAUUACACAGAAACUGAAAAUGAGUGAUCUCAAAUAUGUUGCAAUCUUGAUGUAAUAUUGCUCAAAAAAUAUACAUAGUAUGAACCGGCUGUGAAGCAGCUGUCUAACCAGAUAGUAUCACCAAUGCUAUUAUUUUACACUAGUGAACUGUUCCUCUUUCAAAGACUGCCCACAACAUUGAUGGAAGUGGAUUAACCACAGGUCACUUCCACCAAACCUAUUCCUUUGACUGAGACUCUGUUGGAGCUCUGUGGUUCACGACUGAAUAGAUUGCCUUUUUAAUGACUAUGUUUUGGCAAUCUCCCCACCGGCCAUGGAACUUCCCUUGACUUCUGCUGCUUUAAGCACUCCAGAAUGGAGCAAACUAAAUCUUGGCAGUUAUCAUAUAACUAUAAAUUCCAAGGACCCUUUGUUUACCAGGUGAUCAGCUCAGAGGACUUGUGAGAAAACAGGGACCCAAGCCGUUGCACAAUCUUAAGAAAGAGAUAAAUCAUGCUUCUUGCUCAGAGAAACUGAAUAAUUGGUCUCUAGUGCAUUUAAGGUGAGAUGUUCUGAGAUGUUCUGCCAAUGGAGAAAUAGUAUAGUAUGUAGCUUAUACAAAUGAACCUAUCUUACCGCGCUCGCACACACACACACACACACAC